AUGGAAUUAGAACGCAUCGUGUCAAGACGCCUACACGGUCAGCCACUUGUUCUGAACCUGGUGACCAGCUCGCUCCGUGACCACCUCAGCAGCCACGCCCCCUACAAGGCUCUUCUGCUGUCCUUCCACGGGCCUCCAGGGGUGGGAAAGAACUACAUCAGCGGCAUGAUAGCCGGGGCUCUGUUCGAGGGUGGACUCCAGUCGCCGUAUGUUCACUACUACUCGGCAACGCGACAUUUCAUGCACAAGGACGAGGAACACAUAAUGCAGUACAAGGACAAACUUCAUCAAGAAAUUCCAGAAAAGGUACAAAGCUGUGAGCAUUCCUUGUUCAUAUUUGACGAGAUGGACAAAAUGGCACAGAAUCUGAUAGACACCAUCAAGCCUUUCGUAGACGAAAUCGCGCAUGUGGAUGAGAUUGACUUCAGGAAAACUGUGUUCCUGUUUUUAAGUAACACAGCAGCAGAACCGAUUGUCGACAAGGCUUUGGAGCUGAGAAGAAAUGGCGUUGACAGAGAGUCAUUCGCCCUUAAGGACUUUGAGCAAAUUAUCAUCAAGAAUGCACUUGGGGAACAACCUUGGUGCCCUAACAUACGCAUCGAGGGCCUGCAAGGAGAAGCAGGGGGCAACUAUGUCAAGACUGAGACCCGCGCUGACCGUCCAGUCUACAAACAUGAAAAAGCAGAGUUCUACCUGUUCUUUGACGGUAGCAGUUGGCGCGUGGCGGUAGAACAGCGAGAUGCUGCCUCAACGUUGGCAGUUCUUGAAGAUAAGAUGAUGCGACCAGAAGAAAGCGAGAAAUAUUGGAAGGUAUCACGGGGCGGCAGUUGGGAAGAAGUGCCUGAAAUUCGAAUUACCUGUCGAGAUGCUCCACCUGCCGGGGGACCCCACGUGUGCACGGAAAUCAAGAAGUAUCCUUGCAUUGAAAAAGUCACCGAGGAGCACACGUACACUUGCUACUUCUUUUGGACUUGCACCAGCCCGCCCACGUAUAGGAAAGCAACCUGCUCUCACACGCAGUACUACUGCUGCGAUGGAUUCAUGCAACGUGACAAAGAGUGUGUAAAAGGAACCGGCUUCUGGCAAGCAGAGUUACUGAGCCACAAUCUGGUAAACCAUGUCGUCCCAUUCCUACCUCUGGAGAGGGAGCAUAUAGAGCUGUGUGCCCGGGACGUCUUGUUGGAGAAAGGACUGGGACACUCAAUAACUGGGGCCAAACUAAGGCAGAUUUCCGAUGAGCUGUCCUACCUGCCUAAGGAUGGGGCAAUCCAAUAUGCUGUGUAUGGGUGCCGUCCUGUGAGAAGUAAAGUUAGCAUGCACAUCAAGUUGUGAUAAAAAAGGUAAAACAUUUUCCCACAAGUCUUGAUACCUCUACAACAAGGGAUACUGAGACACUGCCUUGGGUACCAUAUGUUGAAAGUCAAAUAAAAUAAAAAGUUAGACAAAGUGUAUGUAGCAAGAUUCAGCUUUUGAUUACAAAGGAUUAGGUUAUAUUUUCAACUCUGCUGCAUUGAACAAAAAAUAAGGUCUAAAACACUCACUGUAUAUACAACAUGGCUUCUUUGUUAUUUCAUUCCUAGACAAUUUAUGAAAAGCAUUCUAAAACAUGAGACUUGGGUUUAAUCAGGAGGACAUAAAGGACUAAUAAAAGUGUAACAAAAC